CUGAUAUCAUUUCAAAGAAAGAUUAGAACAAUGACAAGUAUACCACAAUCCAUAAAUGCCACUGACAGUUGAAGAUAUAUUACUUCAGUUAUUUUAUUAUCACCAAUACUAGAAUAGAAGGUGACCAGUCACCCAGUGAUAACAAAGGACGCUAGAUACAACCCUAACGUACUCCAGACAAUAGAUACCAGACUCGUUUCUACUUUCUGAUCAGUUGUAAAACUGAUAAGCUUUAGUGUUCAAGUGCAAAGUUAAAAUUAUAUGAUAGGACUGUGGACACAUUCAUUGUAUAGGACUCUCUUAGAGUAAGGACCAUGGAACGGUUCAUUGGAGCCAUUGGCUCAGUUGGAAAAUUAGACGCCAAACUUCACGAUGAUGCGGUUGAUAGAAUCAAUCAUAGAUACACAGUCGCUGUUUUAGCAGUUUUCGCUUUAUUAGUCUCAACAUCUAGUUAUGUCGGAGAUCCUAUGACAUGCUGGACCCCAGCUCAUUUCACGGGACAGAUGGUCCAGUAUACGGACGACUAUUGCUGGAUCAAAAACACGUACUAUCACCCGAUGCACGAGGUGGUACCGAGGGAGGGUGAACCUAGAGACUUUGACGUGACCUAUUAUCAGUGGGUUCCGUUGUUUCUCAUGAUCCAAGCCUUGUUGUUCUACAUUCCCAGUGGUAUCUGGCACAUCUUCAACGAUAAGACCGGUAUCAAUAUACACAACAUCAUCGUAGCCUCAAACACAGUAGCCCAAGUUGUUCCUGAGGGUCGGGAGAAAACGAUGAAACAUUUAGUCAGACACAUAGACGCUUACUUGGAACGCCAAAAAGAACAUCGGAAAGGUAGACUAAAUGCGGCACGACAAUUUAUGGCAACAAAGAUGUGCUGUGUAUGCGUCGGCAAACGUGCUGGAAAUUUCUUGUUGGUUCUCUACAUGUGUUGUAAGGUUCUCUACAUAAUAAACGUAAUUGGACAGUUGUUCAUGUUGAACGCUUUCUUGGGAACGAAGUACCAUCUGUAUGGGUUUGAUGUGCUGAGAGAUUUAGCAGCUGGCAAUGACUGGACUGCAUCACCAGUGUUCCCCAGGAUAACACUCUGCAGCUUUAAGAUGAGAGUCUUAGGAAACGUCCAGCGUCAUACUUUACAAUGUGUGCUUCCGAUCAACCUCUUCAACGAGAAGAUCUACGUCUUCAUUUGGUUCUGGUACGUCUUUGUCGCAACAGUAACCUGCAUCAACUUCCUCUCUUGGCUCACCAGGAUCUUCCAUGGAGCCAGGAUGUCCUUCAUCAAGAAACAUCUCGCCUGGAUGGGUAGGCUUAACGAAGAGGAUGACCGUCAAUUGUUCACUAGAUUCGUUGAUAAUUAUCUCCGCCCUGAUGGAUUUUUAUUGCUGCGUUUGAUCGCUAAAAAUAGCACAGAGUUCGUAACAUCAGAAAUCAUCGCUGGACUUUGGGAUAACUACAAACGUGUGUAUAGUGGAGGGAUGAGCCUAACGGGCAAUGAUAAAGAAGAAAAGGAGAGUGAAGCAUGACUAGACAAGGAGAAAGACAAAGAGAGUGCCCAUCUGAUGUAAGAACCAGAUGUAAACCAUUAGGUAGUGAAGCCAUUCUGUGUACAAAAACGAGAUCAAUCACGUUUUGGAUCAGAUGGCAAAGGCGAGUGUUGAUAUUCCGAUGAUAUUCACCAAACAAAACAAAAAUGGGCCCAGAUUUCCUUUUGAACACAGAAUGUAGCUCUAGUAAUGCAUCUAAUGCAAAAACAUCUGGAUAAGAUAGAGAGUUCCAAAUAUUCAAAUGGUGCUACAGGAGAAUGGGACUUUAAAUGGACAGUAAGCUUUACAUAAUUCAUUUCAAAAUGUUUCAUGAUGAGAAAUUGUUCACUAAUUCUUAAAAAUAUAAUUUUUCCUAGAAAUGUGAAUCUUGUGAAUUGGUUUUGGAAUCUUGUGCAUGUACAACAUCAUGACAGUUACGUUUGAUGUGUAAUGUCUACAAUUUAAGUCUGCCAUUAGUGUUUUGUAUUAAGGACUGGAUUGUACAACUACUAGCCAACCAUCCUUAGUGUAAUGUAGUGACAUAUAUAUUGAGCCAACGCCUGCUGUGAAGAGUUUUGUAAAAACUGAAGCUUGUUAUUUAUAAGUUAACUCAAUAAGGGCAGGAGGGCGGGUGUAUUUAGAUCAACUUAAAGAUCACAUUAACACUGGAGCCAAUAUUUAAUGUAGAAAAACUUAAAAUGUCACCAAAUGCAAACACAUAUCAAUGUAUUUAUUGUAUUUUGCUAUUUUAAACUUUGUGUCUUUUAUAUAGCAUACAAGACUUGUAAGCAUGUAAGUUUUUAAUAUUUAUGGCUCAAAAUACUUAACAACAAUACUGAACUGAAGGACUGCUUCAAAUUUGCUCAAGCAGAUAUGCAACGCCAGAAAACCUGAAUGUCUAAAAUGGUGCCUUAUUAAGCUGAAGGAAAUUCAAGUAAAACGGUUUUCUACUAUAAACAUAGAGGCAAAGUAUAGACAUUAGACAUAUGUAUUUUGCCAAAAAAAACAUUUGUUCAGAAGAAGAUUCUCUAUCUCCUGAUCAAGGACAGUUCCACUGCAGUAAAACCACAGGCUCACACACAAUUCACCAUAGUUACCAAUUUAUUGUUUGUAUUUUAAAAUACAUAGUCUUACAUGUAAUAUGGGAAUUGUGCAAAGAGAACUCAAAAGGUCACAUUACACUAUAUAGCAAUAAUUAGAGCAUAACUUCUAGGCAUAUUAGAUAGGACAUAAUUGUAAAUUACAUAAUCAAAUACCGCAAUGAAAUGUAAUUUAACAUAUCUGAUUUUUAUUUCACAACUAAGAGAAUGUAUUGAAAAUGGAUCAAAGUCCAAUUUUCUCAGUCUUAUUUUGUAUUUUAUCUUUUCAAGCUGUUGUAUGACCUCAUUUAAAAGGCCAGUUUCGACGACUAAGAUGUACUUUUGUUAUAUUAAGUAUACAUGCAUGCAUUAUGUUACCCACAAAAGGUGGCCAAACUGCUGAAACAGAAUGUAAACUCUAGAGAUACCAUUUCACAAAUUAUUAUAUAGCUGUAUAACAAUUACAUAUUAUUUGAAUAUUUAACCUGUUAGUGUUUGAACGUUUAUCACGUGUGCCUUGCACUGUAAUUGUACUGUAUUGUUCCGUUGGACUUACAUAAUACUGAUAGAAAUGAAUUGUGUUUUAAUUUUUUUCUAUGCAGUCUGUAUGACGCUGCACUGAACUCUACUAUCAGGGGUUUUAUAUACUGCUGAAUCUUACAAUGUUAUAUUUUAUGAAAAUCUGUAAAUAAGUGAAUGGAAAAAUAUUUGUUAUUUAAAAUGCAGUCAUUCAUCAAAACAAAUGUUGAUUUUUCUAUGUAAAUUUUGGUCAUUAUUCAUGACUUUGUAAAUAUUUGAAAAUAUGUAUAUUUUGCUUUCGGGAAGGAGAAUUUAUUUAUAAUACUUAUAGAUAGAUAAAAUAACGUAAUAUCAAUAAUCAAUAUCAUUCCAGAUUUAAGCCUUCUAUAUUCCCUUAGGAAAUUGUAUUUACAUUGUAACUACAUUCCAGUUAAACAAUAUCUUAUUGUAUCUACUGUAAACAUGUUUGUAAACCUUACAAUGAUGUUUUUAAUAAAGAAGAAUUUAAAAUUCACAA